AUGGAUGGCAUACAGAUGGAGCCGAUCGGCAAGUAUAAGGCCGACAGGAACGGUUCGGCCAAAGCGGCCGCCUGGCGAAACAUGGUGGACCAAGAUCUAGACGAUGUGGCGUUCCUUGCUGACUCAGACAAGGCAAGGGAGGCGAGGGACCUGGGGGAUGCGCCCGUGGCGGUCUGCUCCCAGAGGCGGGCGCUUUGCCUCACCGCUGUGGUGCUGACGGCGAUGUUCUCUACAGCCUUGCUGGUGGUAUACGCCAGCCCGCAGCCGGACUGCCCGUGCACCGGAGAGAAUCCCCUGAUACCGGGUCAGCCGCCGACGGAACCGGAAACCAGCGUCGCCGCGGCCAAUAAGGAUCGAAUUGCCACCACCGGUGCGGUGUUCCCCUGGAGAGGCGCUCGUCUCCCGACCUUCGUCCUGCCGAAGCACUACAGCCUCUGGCUGCAUCCGAACCUGACCACGGGUGAACUAAGAGGCGAGGUGUCGAUAGACUUCAGGGUGGACCGCGACACCAGCUUCGUGGUGCUGAACGUGCGCGACAUGAACGUGACCGAGCGGGCGCUGUUCAAGAGCGGCGGCUCCCUGGGGCCCAAGGUCGCCAGGAGCCUCGACUACCCAGCGGCCGACCAGACCUACAUCGAGUUCAAGGAUAAACUGCGUCGCAAAUUCAACUACACGCUGAGCCUGCGUUUCAUCACGAAGCUGGGGAAAGGGGAUAAGCAGAGGGGGUUCUUCUUGACCGGAACGCAUAGGAGACGCUGUGCCGUGUCCCGUUUCUGGCUGACUCACGCGCGCUCCGCGUUCCCGUGCCUGGAUGAGCCUCACUUUAGAGCCACCUUCAAGCUCACCAUCGUCAGGGACAGAUUCCACGUGUCCCUGACGAACAUGCCUAUAGUGGCGACGGAGGAGGCUGGCUUCUACUUGGGCCACCGGUUGCUGCAAGACGAGUUCGCCCAAUCGCCCCCGAUUCCGCCCCACAUGACGUCGUUGGCGGUGUGCCGGCUGCAGCGGCGGGCGGCUCCGCCCCCGGACGCCGGCGACGCUAACGCCACGGAUGCUAAUGGCAAUGAGGCCGCCGACGCCAAUGGGGGUGCCGACGCCAAUGGGGGCGGCGACGCCAAUGGAGGCGAUGACGGCAUUGGGGGCGGCGGCGCAACGGAAGCGCCGGACGACGCCGCAACGGCACCUGAAGUUAGCCUGUACAGCGACCAAAACGCCGUCCUUGACGAGUCUGGCCCUCUGUUGGAGUGGGCGCAGAAGACGAUCCAGCUGUUCGCGUUCGAGCUGAACACGUCCUACCCUCUGCCGAAGUUUGAUAUUGUCGUGGUCGACGGCAGUAUACAGUACUCGGAGGGUUGGGGGUUGAUCGUUCUCCAUCCCUCUACCCUGACCGACGCCAAGCUUAUCGCAAAACUGAUCGCGCAACAAUGGUUCGGCGGGCUGGUGUCCCCCCGAUGGUGGAGCUCCCAGUGGCUGAUGGAGGCGCUCACCUCGGUGCUGGCGGAGAAGGCGGCGCCCCUGGGGGAUCCCGCGCCCGAGAGAGAAGAAGACGCUCUGCUCCUCGACCACGUGCUGCCCGCCCUGAGAUUGGACUCGAGCUUCUCUGUUCGCGCCGUGGCGUCUCCGCGGCUGGAGAGGACGGAAGUGGACCCCACGGCCGAGGAGCUUUCCUUGCACAAGGGCGCGGCGAUAGUGAGCAUGGCGAUCGAGGCGGCGGGCGAGGCGGCCGGCCGCGCGGCGCUAGCGCGGCUGCUGCGCGACCAUCGCUUCUCCAGCACCGACGCCAGGGACCUGUGGCGCGCGCUGCAGAGGAACGGCACGGAGGACGCGCCCGCCCACGCGUGGGACGGCUGGUGCGAGAGGGCGGGCUACCCGCUGCUCUCCGCGCGGACGUCCGGCUCCGACGUGGUACUGAAGCAGGAACGCUUCGUCAUGACUGCGGAGCCGCCUGAUCCCGAACCCCCGAUGAUGAACAGCCUCCUCACAAUGGAUCUGAGGGCAGACCUCGAAGACCUGUUCUAUGAACCAGAAAACUUCACGGAGGGCAUGGAGGAGGACGCGAACGCCACCACCGCCGCACCAAGCACCACCACCGCCAGGAGGCCAACGGCGAGGACGACGAAGGCGCCGCCGCCGCCCAAGUGGGUCAUACCGGUGACCUUCAGCGUGGGCCCCGUCGCGCCGGAGCCCGAAGAGGCGGGGAACGUCACCAGGGCGUGGGGCAACACCACCGAGGGCAUCCACAACGGCACCUGGUACGAAAUCAGCAACGACACCAAAAGCCACCGGCUCUCAAAGUGGGUGGAGAACGUGACGCACUUGAUAUGGAUGAACGACACAGAAAUGGUGAUACCGGAUCUGGGUAAACACAAAUGGGUGAGGUAUAAUGUUGGAGCGAGAGGGCUAUAUAGGGUCGCCCCUCAAGACUACUCCGAUAUUGAGUCUGCGGAGGUGGAAGCGAGGCGGGCCGCGGAGCUAUAUCAGGGCGGGUUGCCAGCGGAGAGGGCUCUUUUGCUGGAUGAUGCCUUCGUGCUCAGCAGAGCCGGUAGACUGCCGGCGGGGAGGGCGAUGGCGGCGGCUGCGCGCCUCAGCGGGGAGCGCCACUGGGCCCCCUGGCGGGUGGUGCUCGACCACCUCUCGCGGUGGCGGGAACUGCUCCGGCUGUCCGCGGCGGCGCCUCACCUGGACGCCCUCCUCAGGGACCUCCAGCCGGACCUCGUGCAGAGCCUCCAGCUGUACGGGAAGCAGCAGAUCGAGGCGGCCGCCAUGAGCGAGGACCGGCUCUGGCUCAGCGGAGCCCUCCUCACCGCGGGAGUGGAAUGGGAGGAUGAGUACGUGACUACUCAUGCUCUGGAGCUGUUCGACGCGUGGUUCGAGCACAACGAAACCAUACCGGAGAUAUACCAAGAGGGCGCGUUCGUGGCGGGCGUGCGCAGACGAGGCGCGGCCGCUUGGCACCGCCUCUGGCGCGAGCUCCUCUCGCCGCACUCGGCGCGCCCCGCGGCGCUGCUCGCCGCGCUCGCCGCGCCCCCGGACGACUGGCUGUUCUACAGGUUCGCGUAUACGGUGCUGUCGAGUGAGGCGCAGAGGGGAAGAGAUUGGAAGACCUGGGUGACUGCGCUUUGCGCCGGCGCCUGCAAGUGGCGCGGUGCGGCCGGGGUGUGGAGGGUGCUGCACCCCUCCCCCGCGCCGGCGCCCCCUCCCCCCGCUUUGGCGGCGGCUGCGCGCUGCCUCCACCAGCCAUACGACUACCACCGGUUCAAGGAGCUGUUCGGCGGGCAGCGGGGCGCGUCCGCCGCCCUGGACACGAUCGCCCUCAACAGCGCGUGGGUGCCGCGCGCCGAGGCGGACCUCCUGCACCACUUCAGGGCCACCACGCCCCCCCCUGCCGCGCGG